CAUAAUAUUCAGCCAAUUGACGUAUAUAUGUUCUGUUUUUCCCUUCGUGUUGUGGAUAAGUUUUUGUCUGGAGUAUUCCAACCUUGAAUCUCCACCUUAAUGCGGUGGGAUGGCCACAGUGCCGCCUGGGCCUAGUAACGCACUACCUGCAUCCCCGGCUGAAAUUCCUGCUUUCCCCGGGGGUGGGAGCGCGGAACCGGCAGGCGCAGGCAAACAACCGGCCUGUCUUAUAGAGGAAUGUGUACCCGCUGGCACGGGGACGAAGUCACAGACGUCAAACGAAGUUAAAAGGUCGAUUAAGAAGAAGCAAAAAAACAUGCUAGCUCGUGCUAGCCCGGUGCCAUUGCACCUUAAAAUGCAAGCUCGAGAGCAGCAGCAGCUGAACGGCUUGGUCAGUCCUUCAGAGGAGCCUAACAGUCACCAAUGUGCGGUAAACCGAGCUGACAAUCCGAGAUCGCCCACGGACAACUGUGACAGCAGCGGCAGCAGUGACGGUACUCCGACUGCAACAAGUAACAGUGAGCAUUGCCAACACAAAGGCCACAGCCCCUUCUCCAAAAACGGCAGCCACUCUCCCUUGGAUAAUAACAGUGUGAACGGAAUAGCAAGUUUUAUUAGACCCGAUUCGGAUGAAGGGAAAGACGAGUUUGAGUACACUCAGCCGCCGAGACCGCUGAGCGACGAGCCGCCGGACACUGUCUGUUCGGGCGAAGGUGAAACAGAGCAGCAGCCGCCAGUCGCAGAGCUGGCCCGGCUUCACCUGAACAGCUCCCCCGUUGUAGCGGAAGAGAGUCAUGGCAUUCGAUAUGUCCGCUACGAGUCUGAGCUGCAAAUGCCGUGGAUCAUGAGAUUGAUCACGAAGGACUUAUCCGAGCCUUAUUCAAUUUAUACGUAUAGGUACUUCAUCCACAACUGGCCGCAGCUCUGCUUCCUGGCCAUGGUGGAGCAGGAGUGUGUCGGAGCCAUCGUAUGUAAGCUUGACAUGCACAAGAAGAUGUUUCGACGUGGCUACAUUGCCAUGCUGGCUGUGGAUUCAAAACACAGAAGGAAAAGCAUCGGCACUAAUCUGGUGAAGAAGGCCAUCUACGCCAUGGUGGAGGGCGACUGUGAUGAGGUUGUAUUGGAGACUGAGAUCACCAACAAAUCAGCUCUGAAGCUGUAUGAAAACUUGGGUUUUGUCAGAGACAAGCGGCUCUUCAGAUACUACCUGAAUGGAGUGGACGCACUGCGGCUCAAACUGUGGCUGCGCUAAAGAAAAGAGGAGGGGACGGAGGGAAACGGACAUGUUCAGGAGCAGCCUGACAGCCUCAGCUCUGGCCUGGUCAUUUCAUCCUACUAUACACUCACAGGAAACACACACACAAGAGGAAUAUGCAUACAACUAUGUGUAGACCUGCAGACACCGUUUGCCCUUGACUUCUGAACAACUGGUUUAGGAAGAAACAGACUGGAAAAAAAGUCCCACCUGAUGUUUUCAUAAAGGGGUCCCUGAUGCUUUCUGUGACGAAGACGGGCCAGAAGAGGGCGGUGGUCUCUAGGAUGACCUUCAAGCUCAAAACGCCACAACGAUCAGUCGUGCGGCAGCUCAGGCGAGACAUGUCCGACACCUGAGGGGACACUGUCCCACACCAAAUCCUUCAACAAAGACAAUAACGACAAAAAGAAACAAAACAUGUGAAACAAGGAAGCAGGCAGUUUAAAAAAACAGACUGGGAGGAAAAUGUUUGUGGAGUUUAUUUUUGUGUUUCUUUUUUAACCGUGUAAGUUUGACGGGAACGGAAAAAGCUAUAGUAUGACUGGGCGUUGUCUUCAUGUUUUUCUGAAGGAGGGGGCAAGUGUGUAGCUUGUUUUCGUGUGGUAGGUUUUUUCCCUGUGAGCAAGAGAAUGUUUUUGUGUGACUGUGUAAACUUGGUGGGAUCUGUGUGUACUGUUGUUUGUUCUUGUCCCUCUCUGCCCCCCGUCUUGUCUCCAUCACCUGCCCCAGCCCCCAGAACUAUAAGCCUGUAAAGAAGUGCAUGUGUUUAUUUUAACGUGGAUGCAGGACAAAAGCGUGAAGAGUGCGUGUCUGUGAGCCCAGUCUGAGGCUUUUUACCUUCCCACCCCUUCCUGUGUGUGGUGAGAGCAUGUCGGUGCAGAGCAGCUGAUCCAAACAAAUCACUCCACUAGCACCUCAUUGUUUUCCUGACGGGUGGAGCUGCCACCUUUCAUGCUCCAUCUCCCUUUUCUUAAUCUUUUAUAAUCAUAUCACUAUGGAGUGUGAGAUUCAAUGGGUUUUUUUAACCUCCCUUUAUUUCUGCAGAUUACAUUUUUGCCCUAAAUGCACUGCCAACUGCUCCAAAAUCCCUAAAGGAGAAAAUGAAGACAGUCUUUGCCAAUCGUAGUGCAGUCAAACUUUGCAAGCCCUCUGUUUACUUCAUUAUAUAAUUCUCCUCAUUGCAAGUGCCACUUAAUCCAUGAGAACUGCAGGCCAAGGCUGCGGCGCUCUGUCCGAUAACAGGCACGUGACUGCAGCCUGGGCCUGCCUCUGCUCUGUCCUCAGUGCCCGACCAGAGGCCAAGUGUUACAUAUGCUGGAUUCCUGUUUGAGUAUGCUGUGUGUGCGUGUUUAUCUUUGAUAAAGAAAGAAAAAUAGACAAGUAUUCUUAGCAGAUUAUAUUUUAUUCUGUUUUAUUCUUUUUUUUUUUUUUGCUUUUGGUUUGUUGUUAUGCGUCUGCACACCUGUACAAUCUCACACUGCUGCUGCUGCUUCUGCUGCUAUAAGCAGCCGAGUCCACUCUGCACUUCUUCCCAGGUGUCCUAACUUGAAUGCACAUCCAAACUCGCCUGCAUUUUGAGGCCCAGAAAUGCGUCAUGGGAAUAUCCACGACGCUUCGAUUCCACACUAAAUACAGCAAAAGAAGAAGAAAAAACUAUUUGGGCUGCUUCUGUUUAAAAACAAAAAUGAACAAAGGUUUCAAGCACUUUGGGUGUUGCUGCAGUGUGCAUGUGUGUGUAAAUGUGUCCUGCUAGUUUGACAACAGUAUGAAUCUGUCCUGGUAAGACUUUGGUUGCUCUAUUCUCAGAAACCCCACACACCUUGCACAGGAAAAACAAAGGGUUAAUGAUGCUGCUUAAUUCCCACCAUAGACUGUAUGUAUGGAAUGGACGCAAGUCUCCAGUUUCAGAACAAAGAGUUAUUUUAAGGCUUCGACUUACAGUGUGAAAUGACACCAUGAUGAAUUGAAAACUGGAUAUUUGUCAGUAUCACUUGCCAAUGUCCAUUCUCUUUGUGCUUCGUUGUUUUUACUGCUUUAUGUCGCAUCAUAUGUCUCACAUUUGACAUGUCCUGCAGAAGAUCUGAAACUACAAGGUCUCCUGGAAAAAUGUUCGCUGAGCUUAUAAAACUGGGAAGUGAGGAUUCCAUGUAAACCUUCAUUUAGGGCUUUGUACUUGCCACAAACGGCUUUGUCCUAUUUCUUAUUUACAGUCUAUGGUUCUUUGGGCGUAAUAAAAAGAAACAACAGAUCCCCAUCCUUCCUCUCUAGGAUUUGAGUUUGUACUCAGUGUUGUGCAGAAGGCAGGGUGCAGAGUAGUUCAGUAGUGAAUGGGGUGAAUAAGCUGUUAAUUUUAAAUCAGAUUGGUUGAAA